AUGUCUUUAUUUAUUCGUACGGAUGCUACGGCAGUAAAACUAUAUGAAGAAUUUGUUUUAGCAGGCAUAGGCAGCUCUAUUUAUGCAUAUGCAAUAGAAACAGCAAAAUUUAUUGAAGCAUUCAACAAUGUACUGGAAGGACAAAAGAUAUACGGAAUUGUGCCCAAUAAUGAUAAACUGAAGUUGUUGGUAUUUGGUGGAAAGCAGUUUAAAAUAAUAGAAAGAACGAAACAGGGAUCCAGUCUAUUUGACUUUUCACCAGGCAGUAUUGUAUGUGAUGAUUGGCUACAUAGCGGAGUUUGGUUGCCUGAGAUGCACAUUGCAGUGUUAACUGCUCACAAUGUUGUUCAGAUUUGGGAUGUAUCCAAUGAGCCUUUACUCAUGUCUCGGACUAUAAACAAGGAUAAUUCAAUACUUUACAGUGGUCUUCUACUUCCGUUGACUGAUGAUCUGCUUGUUUUCAGCGGUACUGUCUUCUCCGAAGUGAUAAUUUCUAGAUGUAAAAAGGUGAAAACACUGCACCGUUUGAUUGGACAUAAGGGUGUCAUCUUCUCAAUAUCUUGUAGUUUGCAGAGAAGAGUUAUUGUGACCACAUCGGAUGACAGAUCAGUGCGUGUAUGGACAUUAAACAGUCCCAAUAAAAACUGUAACUCUGCAGACUUUUGGGACGAAGUUAACAUUUCUUGCGCCCACGAGCUAUAUGGCCAUUCAGCUAGGGUGAUGCGUAGCUGCAUCAGCGAUGAAUAUAUCCUUUCGGUGGGGGAAGAUUCGGCCGUGUGCUUCUGGGAUAGCAGCGGGAGGAUGGCAAGACGGGUGGCCGUCCACCAAAACGCCCCUAUAUGGUCAAUUGACCUGGACGAGCGGCGUUUCGUGACCGGGGGAGGGGACUGUGGCGUGAUCUUGCAUCCCCUAUCCGUCGCAGCAGGGUUUAGCCAUUCAGAUAGGGUGGAGGUGGACAAAGGCACCGCAAAGCAGCUGGCCUUCACCGCGAGGAGGAAUAUGGUUAUCCUCAGCGAGCCAGCCGAGCUGAUCUAUUACGAUAGUGUCGUAAAAUCGAAAACUGUCCAUUCCCUCCAUUACGACUCAACAUACAUAAUGAUGAGUAUGUCACCAUGCAGACAGAUUUUAGCCGUCGCCGAUAUGAGUGGACAAUUGGACGUUUUUAUUGAGAACUGCAAAGGCCCCGCGAGCGUUCGAAAUGUGGUUACGGCCAAAUUGCCUAUUAAUAGAAUAUUGUCUAUGCACUGGGCUAGUAGCAGGCAUUUGGUGUUCUGCUCGGGGAUCGGUGAGGUAUACGUCAUCGCUUCGAAGCGUGAGGAAGUGGAGGUUGUUGGGAAAUUUUCCCUUCCGCGUUGCAAGGAGAGAUGGCUGACGUCGUCAGCAAUUAGUGAUGACAACGAAUUGUUGGUCGUCGGAGAUAGGUGCGGUAACGUGCACUGUUAUCUGAAAGGGGAGCAAAAUCCUAUUAAGACGUUCGGCAAAGUUCACGGGAGAUACGGUCCCACGUCGAUUCGGGUGAGGAACGAUAGAAUUGUAACUACCGGUAGAGACGGCACUCUCAAGUAUUUCUCAGUAGCCAAUAACGGUGGCGCGUAUCGAAUCAAACUUGUCCGAUCCCAAGAGGUCGGAUUCCAGUGGGUGGAGAGAUGCGUCGAUUCGGAAGGAAAAUUCGCGUGCGGUUUCCAGGAGAGGGUGUUUGUUAUAACCGACUUAAGGAACGGCUCUAAGAUCGUCGAGGUCCCUUGCGGCGGUGGUCACAGAUCUUGGGACGUUGUGCGCUACUUCGAGAGAAUCGAUAACGCUUACGAGCAACUGAUCAAACUCGUCUACUUAAAAAACUCCGAUGUAAACAUAGAGACGUUCCAUAUGGACAGGAUAUUAUCGAUUGACAUCAUUAAAGGCACGCAUUCGAAGGAAAUCAAUUGUUUGAAGUCACUCGUGAGCCGUUCAGAUGAUUCCGUGAUAUUUUUUGUAACCGGCGGUGAGGACACAACUCUAAGAGUAUCAACUUGCUCAAAGAGUGUACAUUUCCAAGACGAUAUUGUUCUGAAACAACUUUCUAACGUCAGAACUUUGAGGGUCUGUGGGCUGGAUGAAGACAACUUUCUCCUUGUAUCCGGAGGCGGUAGAGCGCAGAUCUGCAUUAGAUCAAUUACUCUUCAGACCGAUAACGGUGUACUGAAGGCAGUCGUUGAAGAUCUAGUGGAGUUUCUGGUGAAGGGAACGGAUAAAGAGCGGAAGGGAGACAGAACCUGGCGCGGUUGCACCGUCGAUUUCGAUCCAGAAACACGAAUAAUGGACUUGGAGAUAGUUAAAGUCGACGAGGAGAACUUUCUCGUAUACGCAGGCUGUUCCGACGCUUACAUAAGGGUUUUCGAACUGUCAUGUGUUGACGACAAAGUUGCGUUUAAACCAUCAGGCCAACUGAAACAUCAUAAGACGUGCGUGCUGAAAACGCAUCUAAUCGAGUUUCGGGAUCGAACCAUUCUCGCCACGUGCACCACUAGAGGCGAAGUCUGCCUUUGGGACGUUACCACGGCUAAGAACUGCUCCGAGCUAUCACCGUUCCUAGUUUUCACUGCCAAUAAAUCCGGCAUCAACUGCGUAGCGUCCAAACAGUUAUCCGAUACGGAGUUCCUCAUCGCCACGGGUGGCGACGACAACGCGUUGCAUUUGAACGUGAUCGAUGUGAGACUUGGAGAUCUGGGGACUGCGAAAGUAGUUCAUACUUGGAUAUCCGACAACAUUCACUGUUCGCAAAUAACCGGUCUCGUAAUCGCGGGCGAUGUUUUGGUGACCGCCUCCAUUGACCAGAGGGUCACCGUCCUCAGGGUCAGGGGAGGCGGACGUGACGUCACUUUCCUAUAUCAGGUCAUGAGCGACGUCGCGGACGUACAGGGGUUGGACCUCGUCGCAAAAUCCAACGGAUUCUUGACCGUACGAAGAAAUAUUAAAAUGGCGCCACAAGUUACGGCUGUGACGGAGCCGGUGACGCUUGGCGAGGGUCCUCACUGGGACGACAAACAGCAGGCCCUCUACUUCGUCAGCAUCUUCGAUCGCUCCAUCCACAAAUACGUACCAGCUACUAAGAAGCACACGCGCUCCGUAUUAGAUGACAUGGUGGGCUUCAUAGUGCCUGUUGAAGGGAAACCGGAUCGCUUCGUGGUGGGUAUGAAGAGAGUCAUCGCCGAAGUGGCGUGGGACGGUGAAGAUGGCACCGCCAAGGUGGUGCGCACCAUCGCCGAGGUAGACAAGCACUGUCCCGACAACCGCUUGAACGAUGGCAAAGCUGACCCCAGGGGCCGUCUCUUUGCUGGCACGAUGGGCCACGAAUACGAACCGGGGAAAUUCCACCUUAAGAAGGGUGCGCUCUACCGACUCGACCCGGACGGCGGGCUCCACACCGUGGUCGAGAACGUGGACAUCUCGAACGGCCUGUGCUGGGACCUCAAAGAGAAGGCCUUCUACUACGCCGACUCGUUCGAGUACGCGAUCCGGCGAUACGACUACGACGUCGAAACCGGGGACAUUAGCAACCCCCGCUUCGUUUUCAACUACAAAGACCACAGUCUGGGCGGCAUUGUCGAUGGUAUGACCAUUGACACCGAUGGUAACCUGUGGGUCGCCAACUUCGAUGGCCACCAGGUGCUCAAAAUUGACCCGAAGAAAAGCAAACUGCUGCAAAAGGUGCCGAUCCCCGCUCUGCAAGUGACCUCGGUCACGUUCGGGGGGCCUGACCUCGACGUUUUGUAUGUGACCUCCGCCUGCAUGAAUCGCGGCGAAGAACAGAAGCCGCCGUGCGGCUCGACCUUCCAGCUCACCGGCCUUGGGGUCAAAGGUCGUCCCAACGCCAACGUGAGGAUCAAC